GCUCUCCAUAUCUUCCGGGGGGAGAGCAGUCAGAUGGGCCUCAUCUAUCCUUGCGAGACACGUUUCGCAUCCGUGUUCGUGAUGGUGGAGCGUUUGCUGGCAGUGAGGUCAGCUUUGGAGAGGACGGUGGAUGGCGAUAGUUGGGGUAUGGUCCCUUGGGACCAUUCAGUUCGUCAUUUGGCUAGGUGGGUCAGGUGGCAGGUGCGACAUGGCAGUUGGUGGGAUUCCAUGGGCAUCUUGCUCCGUAUCAUGGAGCCUGUGUACGACCUGCUGCGCAGGUUGGACCGCGGAGGGCUGCACAUGUCGCGGGUGGUUGAGUGGACGCAGGAUCUGGCCCGCCAGGUGGCUGAGGAGGUUUGUGCACUUCCGCCCGAUCUUGCACACUACAUUGUACAGAGGGUGCAGGCUCGAUGCACUCAUAUGCUGGAGCCGGCGCACGCCGCUGCUCACCUCCUCUAUCCCAGCCGGCGGGACUUGCGGUACUUCGAGGGCGUGGUCAGCGACUACGACGCGAGCUUGGUGAGGGAGGCGGAAACUUACAUCUUGUCGCAGACAGGGUUUAGUGUGGCGAGCCGCGACUACGAGACCGCAUGUGCACAGUUGCGCGACUUCCACACACGGAGGGGGACGAUUGCUUCGGGGGGGAGAGACGGAGACAGAGAUGCACAGAGGUGCAGGGGCGAUGCGGAGACGUACGAGUCUAGGUGUUGGUGGUCGAGGUACAGGCAGUGCGCCCCGCAGUUGCAGGUUAUCGGUCUUCGUGUGAUGUACAUGUGGACGUGCUCCUCUCCUGCGGAGAGGAAUUGGGCCGUCCACGAGGGUGUACAGACGAAGAAGCGUAACCGGCUUGAGUUCGAGAAGGUCGCGAAGUUGGUUGAGAUCUCAGCCAACGUCCGCCUUCUAUCUCAUCAGCGAGCAGGUCGCGGGUUCGCGUUGCCGUGGACUGUAGAUGAGUCGUUGUUGGACGUGGAGGGAGGUAUCGGGAUUCGCCCCUCGUGGAAGGGGACGGACGAGAGUAGGACACGGGAGGAGGUCGAGGAUCAGAGACGUUCAUGGCUGCGAAACCCAUGUGGGUCCAGAGCUCCUCCGGGUGAUGUGGGCAAUGUUUUCGGGACUCAAGCCGCCACAUUGCACUCGUACCCUCGAGACGACAGUGAUUCUGAGGGUCACGAGGACGAGGACGAGCCGGCGGGCCCCGCUAGCACCACUCCUGCGGCGGAUGAGCGUGAUGAGUGGAGCGACCCAGAGGACGUCCGUAGACGGAGUGGCGGAGAUGACCUUUUCAUUCAGGUUGAUUUGGAGGAGGAGUCUGGGGGUCGUCAUGGGAGCCCUUUAGAGCGUCCGAGGCCUACGUCCACCGUUUCACUUCCCGCUGAGCGGGAAACAGAUCCUGGGUUUGCACCUUCGAGGGGGGCAGAGUCGGGGAUUGGCCAUCGUCCUCUGGGUUGCUCUGGCACGACAUCAUCCACCGCUCUUCGCACUUCGACAGAGCAGCUUCAUCGACACCCAGCCGUUGCAGAUCGAUUGCAGAGAUUGGUGAGGGGCCCGAGACAGCGAUUGGAGGACAGAUUGGAGGGCGGUCCUGUGCCGGUGCAGGGUGACGACAGAGACAAACAGGGGUUGGUUGGUGGAGAUGGUGGUGCGCUGGCCAGAGGUGGAGGCGGUGCCGAGGCUGAUGCAGCGGUUGAGGGGAUACCGAUGGGCGGCGAAGGCGGUUUCAGUGAGUUUGGCGAUAUGGGUAUGCCCCCGGGAGAGAGUGCGGGUCUGGCCCUUGGAGAGAGCGAGUCCCGAGGGGACAUCAGUGUGGGUACGCAGGACUUAUUGGGACAGAUCAGCUUCGCGGACCCGAGUAGUUUCUCCCCUGCUAUGCGCGCAGAGGUGAUGUUGGGGGCAGAGGGGGAUGAGGACCGGACACCCCCUGGAGAGACAUCUGCAGACAGGCUGGAUAGGCUUGAUAGUCGCCGAGCGUGCCUCAUGGCACAGAGGGACCCCAGGACGCAGGAGCUCGCCCGUCUUGCGGCCGAGGACCGACAGAGGCAGCUGGGGACAUUUACGCCGGCGUCUGUUGACGCGGGGCCAGCUGCCCACACGGAUACUCCGACAGAGGUUCACGACACGACACAGCGGGAGGGAGCUUUGGCAGAGGUUUCGAGUACGGGAGUGGAUGUCCAGCAGGGGACACACGAGAGCGGGUUGGCACCGACAAAGGAGCCACGUUCGGAGCCGGCGCAGCAUCCUGCUGUGGAGCGGAGGCCAGAGGAGACAUUGAAGGAGGUCGCGGGCGUGCCUCUGCCUGCGGGUUCAGUCGAGAGUGCCGUGCAUAUGUCCCCGGGUCUGGAGGACAUACCGACGGGGCAGUCAGUGGGCGUUGAUGAUAUUCGCCCAUCGGCACAGGCGGAGGGGAUAGCGCCGACCACUGGGGGGGAUGGGGCCGUAGCGGGGACCGUUGGGGGCUUACCUUCUGGAGGUUCCAUCGCAGCGGCAUCGGGCGGGGUCGCAGGGGACUUACCUUCUGGAGGUUCGGUCGCAGCGCCAUCUGGAGGCGCCGCAGGCCCUUCGUCACCCUUGAGCGCAGCUCCGAGGGAGGGCGGCAGCCUCACCCCGAGGUCAGUUGCCCGUAGACGGAGAGACACUACCCAGCGUGCGCGGGAGUUGCUGGACACCAUGUUGUUCGGUCGCACAGAUCGACCAUGGAGUGAGACGAGACGGGUGACGACGACGAGUGUCGGUCGUCAGCCAGGUUUGAUAGGGGUUUCGACGAGCGCGAGACGUCGAGAUGUUGUAGCUGCAGGGUUUGGCGGUAGAGGGGGUGGCGGCGGUGGCAGUGGUGGUGCCGGUGACGACAGACGUGAGGGUGCAGGCGGUGCCACGACGAGCGCAGUGGAUCCGCCGCGGACGUACGGUUUGAGAGAGGCAUCGAUUAUUUUGGAGGAGCCUGAUGUUGUUACACGACUGAGGCAGACCUGAUACGUGCCCUUAGAUCGACGCCAGGAGGGGGAGACUUCAGGGACUGACGGUCUGCCUAUGGCACGCGAGGCACGCCGACG